AUGAAAAUGAGAUUAAUUCUUCUCUUUCUUGUGUGUUUUUCUCCAAUCUCCUUUGCCAAAAUUCCACCAAGAUUAUUCCCUUCUUCUUUAGAUGAUCAAUUGUCAUCUAAAGGGAAGCUUAGUUAUGAGACAAAUUACUUCACACAAAUUCUUGACCACUUCAAUUAUAAUAAUCCACAAACUUUUCAACAAAGAUAUUUGUUGAAUGACAAAUAUUGGGGUGGUUCUAAGAAUAAUGCUCCUAUCUUUGUUUACACUGGCAAUGAAGGUAACAUUGAAUGGUUCACUCAAAAUACUGGAUUCAUGUUUGAAAUUGCUCCUCAUUUUAAUGCCCUCCUAGUCUUCAUUGAGCAUAGGUUUUAUGGGAAGUCAAUACCAUAUGGAGGCGACAAGACAAUAGCAUAUUCAAAUAAGACUACAUUGGGUUAUUUGAGUUCAACACAAGCAUUAGCAGAUUAUGCAACUCUUAUUAUUGAUCUCAAGAACAACUUGACUGCCAUUGACUCACCUGUCGUUGUUUUUGGGGGUUCUUAUGGUGGAAUGCUGGCAGCAUGGUUUAGGUUAAAAUACCCACAUGUGACCAUUGGGGCCUUGGCUUCUUCUGCACCAAUUCUCAACUUUGGCAAUAUCACUUCUCCAUAUUCCUUUAAUAAUAUCAUUACGCAAGACUUUAAGGGUGAAAGUGAGAAUUGUUACAAGGUGAUUAAAGGAUCAUGGAAACAAAUUGAAGAUAUGGCUAAAACAAAAGGUGGAUGGGAGAAACUCAGAAAGUCAUUUAGAAUAUGCAAGAAUUAUAUUAGUCAAGGUUCUCUUGAAAAUUGGCUCUAUACAGCCUUUGUGUACACCGCCAUGACUGAUUAUCCAACUCCUUCUAAUUUCCUUAAUCCAUUGCCAGCCUAUCCAGUCAAACAGAUGUGCAAGGCAAUUGAUGAUCCAAAGAGUGGAAUGGACACAUUUGAGAAAAUUUAUGGUGCUGCUAACAUAUAUUACAACUACACUGGAAAUGCCACUUGUUUCGAUCUCAACGAUCAUUCUGAUCCUCACGGUCUUUCUGGAUGGACUUGGCAGGCAUGCACGGAGAUGGUUAUGCCGACCGACGGGAACAACAAGGAGAGCAUAUUUCCACCCUCCAAGUGGGAUUACAAUGAAAGGGCCCAAUUUUGCAAAUCAAAUUUUGGUGUUGAGCCCAGACCAAAUUGGGUCACUACAGAAUUUGGUGGAUAUAAUAUUGAAAGGGUAUUAAAGAGGUUUGGAAGCAACAUUAUCUUCUUUAAUGGGCAAAGAGAUCCAUGGAGUGGUGCAGGAGUGCUUAAGGACAUAUCUAAGAGCAUAGUUGCUAUCGUCGCGAAAGAAGGUGCACAUCAUGUGGAUCUUAGAUGGUCAAGCAAAGAAGAUCCAAAGUGGCUUAAACAAGUUAGAGAAAGAGAGGUCAAUAUCAUAUCCAAUUGGCUCUCUCAAUACUAUCAAUCUUUAAAUGAAAUUUACUAAUGAAGUGAUUCUACUUAUAAUA